AUUCUCCUUUUUUAAUUAUGGUAGAUUGAACUGGCACAGCUGUUCAAUAUAGGUGCGGUUGUUUAAAAAUGGGUGCCUGAGUCUUCAUUCUUAUUUUCCAUUUUCCUCCCUGUGCCCUUUCCCUUGUGCGUCUUUUAUUUAAGACUGUAAACCUGCACAGACGGACUUGUUUUGCUUUGAUUCCAGGAUAGAUUGGCAUCCCGCCUUCUCGCUCCUGCAAUGGACACGGGAUCAAAAGAGAACGAGGCGGAGCCCCCCAGAUUCUACCACUUGGAGCUUUAUGACUCAGCUGAAGACCUGGAGCUCUUUUCGGAAGAGCCCUUCCGGAGGCGAGAUCUGGGCUUGUGCGAAACCAGUAAGACUCAAGGCACAGAGGAGCAAAGGUUGCCUUCCGUGGGCAACGCAAGAGAGAGCGACAAAGGGGAAGAUACAUACUGCAUUACGUGCUGCGUCCCGAUCAGAGCCGAUGGUCAGCAGAGUGGCGACCACAGUGAGCACGAGGUCAUUCCUCUUAGCAGCGUGGUGGAAAUUGCAAAGGAUGAGUUUCGGAAAAACGUAUGCAGACUGGAAGAUCAGAUCACUCACCUGGAGAGCUUUUCUAGCCACUUGGAGGAAAUUUUUAUCACCAUCGAGGAGAAUUUUGCUAGGCAGGAGCAGAACUUGGAGAGGGGCUACAAUGAUCUCAUGUUGACCCUCGAGCAAAGGUAUGAGGAAGUCAUGCAGGCUUUGGGGGAAGAGAAGAAGGAGAAGCUGGAAGGAUUGUAUGAGCAGCUGGUCAGCUGUGGAGGCAACCUGGACACAUGUAAAGACCUGAUGGAAACCAUUGAGGAUCUCAGCCAAGGUGAAAAUAAAGUGAAUGCAAUCAAGGCCGCAGUAGCUACAAGCCACAGAUUGGUCGACUUCUUGAAAAAGGACAUGGAUAUAGAUCUUUCAGUGCCGACAAACUUUGAAGCCCGGGUCAUAGAUUUCUCUGAUAUUCAGGAAUUAAUGGACUCCAUUAAUUCAGUCCCUGUUCCUUUGCCUCCUUGUGCACCAGUAAUGAACACCCAGGAUCCCAAUUCUGCUACUGGUACGUCCGUGAGAGUCUGCUGGAGCUUCUUUUCAGAAGAUAUUGUCGAAAGCUACCAGCUGUACUACAAACGAGUGAGCAACGAGACAUCAAAAGAGGAGCAGGACGCGUUUAUGCUAAACGUGAAAGAAACAUAUUGCACAGUUACUAACCUGGCGCCCAACGCGCAGUAUGAGUUUUGGGUGAAAGCCCUCAACAGAGCCGGGGUCGGUUCAGCGAGUGAACGAGCUGUUUACAUCACAGCUCCUUUAGCACCUGUCCUCAAAAGGAAGGAGAUCCAGAGUUGUGAACAUGCAGCGCUGGUGCGCUGGGAAUCUGGGAACACAAAUCCUGUUGACUCCUACACUGCUGAAUUGUCCAAGCUGACAGAUGGAGAGGACGGGAACAUCAUUACUGAGUCCAUUGUUGGCAUUCCAAAUUGUGAAGCGCUGAUUCAGCUGGAGCCAGGACACAACUACUUGCUCUCUGUGAAAGCCGUCAACAUGGGAGGUUCCAGCGAGCGGAGCGAGCCUGUCUCCAUCCUAAGCACAGGCACUUCCUUCACUCUGAAUGAGGAGACGGCCCACCUGCUGUCUGUGCUAGAAGACGGAUUGACAAUUGCAUGUUGCAAAACUGAGAGUCCCAAAUGUGAAUGGCCCUUCCGUGAAAACAGCUUUACAAGAUCCAUCGCUAUCUUGGGAAACCCAAUACCGUUCCAAGGCAAACAUUACUGGGAAGUGGACGUCAAUGAAAAUACGGAGUACCGUGUUGGUGUGGCUUUUGAAAAUGUGUCUCGAGACAGCUAUCUGGGCACAAGCCAUGCCUCCUGGUGUAUGAGACACACAGUCAAGUCUUCCAGACAUACCUACGAGUUUCUGAACAAUGGAAUGACUCCAGAAAUUACGAUUACUGUCCCUCCCCGGAGGAUUGGACUUCUGCUUGAUUAUGACAAAGGGAGCCUGUCGUUUUUUAACACGGAUAUUAUGCAACACCUGUACACCUUCCACAACCACUUUCAGGACUUUGUGUGUCCUUGUUUUGCUCUGGAGGAGCCCGGCACACUCCAGAUUCUGAAUGGCGUUGCGAUGCCCACCUACGCGAUUUCGUGAUUCGGGGGCAGCUGUUUGGCAUGCGUGCAAUGCCUGCCUCUUGCAUAACUCUAUUAAAACCUACAGCUUCUCAGUGUCA